UCCACUGUUUCUCAUCCGAAAAAUAGGAGCACGCGAAUCUCCGAAUCGAUGAACAGAACGAUAGGCCAAAAAAUAGGGAAUUUCUUUCUUCUCUUUUCAUUUGAAUUGCGAAGGUGGUUGUUAUUCCCCGCGUGAUUAGUCCCAGAAAAAAUGUUUCGAUUUUGAAAGUUUAUUUCAGAUCUUUGUCGUUCUUGCGGUGCCUUCUGAAUUUCCUUUGCUUCCCCACAAUUAUUGACCACAUUUUCUCAACCCUUUAAUCCAAGAAGAACAUUCGACCAAGAACCUGCGUAAGCGCGUACUAAUCUCUAAGGAGAUUGCCGGAGCCUGAAGAUGGACAGGCCUCCGGUUCAGAGCGGUGGUGGUGGCGGCGGCGGCUGCAAUGUCCUGCCUCCGAAACCCUCGCUCUCGCUGUCGCCGCCGCCGACGGCGCCUCCGGAGAGUGACAUCAGCCACAUGCCGGACUCCCCUGCGCGCAGCCUCGGCCACCGCCGCGCGCAUUCAGAGAUCAUCGGCCUCCCCGACGACCUCGACCUCGGCGUCCCCGGCGCUUGCGGCGACGGGCCGUCGCUGUCGGACGAGAACGAGGAGGAGCUCUUCUCAAUGUUCCUCGACACCGAGAAGUUCAACGCGCAGCUGCGCGAGGCAUCGGAGACGGGGUCGUCCUGCGCCUCGGCGGGGCCGAGGCCGCGGCAUCACCACAGCCAUUCCAUGGACGCGUCUAGCUCUUUCGACGCGGAGCAGCUGCUUGGGACGCCGGCGACGGAAGGGAUGUCGACGGUGGAUGCCAAGAAGGCAAUGUCGAACGCGAAGCUCGCAGAACUAGCCCUUGUCGACCCAAAGAAGGCAAAGAGGAUUUGGGCCAAUAGACAAUCAGCAGCGAGAUCGAAAGAAAGGAAGAUGCGAUAUAUUUCUGAACUUGAGCGGAAGGUGCAAACGCUACAUGCAGAAGCAACGACAUUGUCAACCCAGUUGGCACUUCUACAUAGAGACACUGCUGGGUUGUCUACUGAGAACAGUGAACUGAAGAUGCGCCUGCAGAAUGUGGAGCAACAAGUCCAUUUACAAGAUGCUCUGAACGACGCCCUGAAAUCAGAGCUCCAGCGCCUGAAGAUGGCGACGGGCCAGAUGGGCAGCAACGUCGGAGGGAUGAACUUCAUGGGCCCGCCCCCGCCGCACUCGUUUGGAGGGAACCAGCCAAUAUUCCACAUCCAGGGCCAGGCGGCAAUGCAGCCGAUGCACCAGAUGCAGAUGCGCCCUCACCACCAGCAGCCACUGCUGCACCCUCUGCAACUGCAAGCCCAGCAGCUGCAGCUGCAACAACAAGCUGCUGCUGGUGCUGCACAACCACCCAACCUGAAGAUGAAACGGACCAUCUCGGCCCCCAACCAGUGGAUUGGCGGGUGGUCCGAGAGCAGUGGCAAUUGAACGAUGUCCGACUACUUCGACGACCUAUAUGGAACGCAGGAAUUUCACGGAAAAUCUUGAAAUGUAUUACUUGAGGGACUCGGGGAAAAAGAUGCUGCAUUCUGAACAGACCGAGGGAGGCCAUAUUUUUAAGAAAGUAGUUAGAUAUCAAAAGAUCGUUUGUUCUUGGGUAUUACCCAAGUGUAGAUUCGUCGUUGAUCAAUAGCCUAUAUAUAGGGUUCAAGGCUGCUCAG